AUGGCAGCUACUUCAAGCAAUCUGCAGAACGUGUACUACGAGAGGAAAACGGGUACUCCUAAAUCGUGCUAUAUCUGUCGUAAACCAACCACGACUGUUCUAGCUACUUUGAAAAUUGAGGAUUUCUUAUAUACUUGUGAAGGACAUUUAACAGAUCCCGCAUCACCUAUCUCUCCACCUGCAGCGACGUCGGGACCAUCAGCAGAUGACAUCAAAAAGGUGAUAUCAGAUUAUCAAUCUCGAGAAGCACGCAAAUUCUCUAAAAUAGAGGAGAAAGAUAAGGACAAGGAUCAGGAGAAGAAAGACGAGAAAGGAGAAAUAGACAAGAUAAAGGAGAAGGAUAAGGAUCAGGAUAAACCCAAAUCACCCGAAGCUAGCACACCAUCAAUACCAACUGCUUCAACCCCUGUAUCACCUACACAUCGUAAAUUCGCAUUGCACAGGCAUAUAUUUGAGAUGAGAAAGAAUGAUAUAAGGAAGAGAGAACAAGGAAUAAAAGCUAAAGAGGUUUCGAAAGGCCUACCGCAAGUCCCUCGGACGGCGUUUUGA